AUGAAUAACCUUAGCAAUGACUUAAGAGAUGAAUUACUAGGAAAUGGUCCUAUAAGAGAUGUGUCAAUUGUGAAUGGUCCUAAAGAUACUUUUGGUAGACAUUUCUCAUCAUCAUGUUAUAUCCGUUAUUGUUCUAAUGGAGAAGAGCAAGAUAGGAAUUGGCUUGUUUAUUCAAAAGAAUUGGAUAGAGUUUACUGUUUUUGGUGUAAGUUAUUUGGUACAAGUAGUAAAAUGAAUCGCUUAGCAAAUGAAGGUUUUAAUGAUUGGAAACAUAUUUAUGAAAGGCUUAAAGAACAUGAAUCAAGCGGUGCACACAUGUCUUUCAUGAGUAAAUGGAUUGACUUACAAAUUAGAUUUAAAAAAAAUAUAACAAUUGAUAAACAUCUUCAAGAGCUUAUAAGAAAUGAAAAAAGACAUUGGAAAGAUGUAUUACUUAGGAUAGUUUAUGUUACUAGAUAUCUAGCUGAGCAAAAUUUAGCAUUUCAUGGAAAAAAUGAGAGGAUUAAUGUGGAAAACAAUGGAAACUAUCUUUCUCUUGUUGAAAUGAUUGAUGAAUGGGAUCCUGUCAUGCAAAAACAUUUUGAACAUAUUAAGAAUAAUGAAAUUCAUUAUCAUUAUCUUAGUCAUAAGAUUCAAAAUGAAUUGAUUAACAUGUUAGGUAAUGAAGUCAAAAGUGCAAUAGUCGAAAAAAUCAAAGAAGUAAAAUAUUUUUCUGUGAUUCUUGAUUGUACUCCUGAUGUAAGUCAUCAAGAACAAAUGACUCUAAUUAUACGUUGUGUGGAUGUUUCUACAAGUCCAAUAAAAGUUGAAGAGUUUUUUGUAGAAUUUUUGAAAGUCUAUGACACAACAGGUCAAGGAUUGUUUGAAGAAUUAAAAAAUGUAUUAGAAACUCUUAGUCUAUAUAUUAAUAAUGUGAGAGAACAAGGAUAUGAUAAUGGAUCAAACAUGAAAGGUAAACAUCAAGGUGUACAAAGAAAAUUAUUAAAUAUUAACCCUAGGGCAUUAUACAUACCAUGUGGUUGUCAUAGCCUUAACUUGACACUUUGUGAUAUUGCAAAUUCUUGUACUAAAGCUAAAGAUUUUUUUGGAGUGUUACAACAUAUUUAUACUGUAUUUUCUCAUUCGACAAAACGUUGGAAAAUUCUUAGAGACAAUGUGAAAGGUUUAACUAUUAAACCAUUGUCACAAACACGUUGGGAAAGUCAUGUGAAUAAUGUAUAUGCAAUUAAAUCUCAAACUUCAGAUGUAAGAGAAGAACUACUUCAACUAGCUGAACAAGAUAAUGAUCCUAAAAUUAAGAGUGAAGCCGAAUCUUUAGCAACUCAUGGAAUUGGAAACUUUGAAUUUUUAUAUUUGAAAAAAUAUAGAGAAUCUGGAUUUAUAAAUGCUAAGGCUAGUGCUGAAAAGAUUGGAAAUGAAAUGAAGAUUGAACGUGUGUUUAUUCAAAAACUAUUGAAAGGCUUAGAUCAUUAUCUGAUAGUGACUUGA